UUUGUACUAGGUGGUCGUGACUUAUCGUUCGACGGCGUCACGAUGCCGCUUCCCUGACAGACGCGUGCCGACGUCGAUGGUUGUCGGUCGGCAGUCGCCGCCGAAACUCACGGCGCCGACAGCCGCGUCUGCGAGUGUGUGCUAUGCGAGUAACGGUAAUAAAAGAGAGAGCAUCCUAGACAGGGUGCACGAAGAAUGCACGCGACAUUGUCGUCAUGGAGCUGCAGAGUAUCGUUGUGUACACGAUCAUCAGGAUACCAGCGCCGAAGACCGCCCUCGACGGGUCCGGAGGCGCCAACGAACGCGGCUGCCUCCACUGGAUCAGGGGACAAAUCAAAAGGGCGGUAGCAGCGUAUUUGAGAGCGCUCAACUUGUCGCCCAACAAUGCUGUGGUCCAUGGAAACCUCGCGUGUGUUUACUACGAACAGGGGCUUAUUGACUUGGCGAUUGAUACGUAUAGGCGUGCGAUCGAGUUGCAGCCUAACUUCCCGGACGCUUAUUGCAACCUCGCGAACGCGCUCAAGGAGAAAGGACAGGUAGCAGAUGCAGAAGAAUGCUACAACACCGCACUUCGUUUGUGUCCUUCCCAUGCGGAUUCAUUGAACAAUUUGGCGAACAUCAAGAGAGAGCAAGGUUUCAUAGAAGAGGCGACUCGUCUUUAUCUGAAGGCUCUAGAAGUAUUUCCAGAAUUUGCAGCUGCUCAUAGCAAUCUUGCAUCCGUUCUUCAACAGCAAGGCAAACUGAACGAAGCACUGAUGCACUACAAGGAAGCUAUUCGUAUUCAGCCAACAUUCGCCGAUGCCUACUCGAACAUGGGAAAUACUUUGAAAGAAAUGCAAGACGUAACUGGCGCUCUUCAGUGUUAUACCAGAGCAAUUCAGAUAAAUCCAGCGUUUGCCGAUGCUCACAGUAAUCUUGCUAGUAUUCACAAAGAUUCUGGUAACAUUCCUGAAGCGAUUCAAUCGUAUAGAACGGCAUUGAAACUUAAACCUGAUUUUCCUGAUGCAUAUUGUAACUUGGCUCAUUGCCUUCAAAUCGUUUGUGAUUGGUCCGACUACGAAGCUAGAAUGAAAAAGCUUGUUAACAUUGUCGCCGAUCAAUUGGAGAAAAAUCGUCUUCCAUCAGUCCAUCCUCACCACUCAAUGUUAUAUCCGUUGUCUCACGAAUAUCGUAAAGCAAUCGCCGCACGACACGCCAACUUGUGCAUCGAAAAGAUUCAAGUAUUGCACAAGGCUCCUUACAAAUUUUCCAUUGAGUUAAAAGGACGCCUCAAAGUGGGUUACGUUAGCAGUGACUUCGGAAACCACCCCACGUCUCAUUUAAUGCAAUCUGUGCCCGGUCUACAUGACAAGAAUCGCGUUGAAAUCUUCUGUUAUGCACUCAGCCCUGACGAUGGCACAACAUUCCGCAGCAAGAUUGCUAGAGAAUCCGAACACUUCAUUGAUUUGUCCCAAGUACCAUGUAACGGUAAAGCUGCCGACAGAAUCUUUCAAGAUGGAAUCCACAUACUCGUCAACAUGAAUGGUUACACCAAAGGGGCAAGGAAUGAAAUAUUUGCACUGAGACCUGCUCCAGUUCAGGUUAUGUGGUUGGGAUAUCCCGGUACAAGUGGUGCCAGUUUCAUGGACUAUUUGAUCACCGACGCUGUAACAUCUCCAAUUGAACUCGCUCAACAGUACAGUGAAAAGCUGGCUUACAUGCCUUACACUUAUUUCGUUGGUGACCAUAGGCAGAUGUUUCCUCACUUGAGGGAAAGAAUCGUAGUAAGCGACCGCAGUGGAAACAGUGGCGUACCCGAUAAUGUGGCUGUUAUAAACGCUACCGAUCUAUCGCCAUUAGUCGAAAGUACAGACAUUAAAGAAAUAAAAGAAGUAGUACAGGCAGCUAAACCGGUUGAAAUUAGUCUAAAAGUCGCUGAAUUACCGACAACAAUGCCAAUUGAGACAAUGAUUGCAUCAGGUCAAGUGCAGACCUCAUUGAAUGGAGUUGUAGUCCAAAAUGGUCUUGCUACCACUCAGACAAAUAACAAGGCAGCUACUGGUGAAGAAGUCCCACAGAAUAUUGUAAUUACCACUCGUCAGCAAUACGGUCUUCCAGAAGAUGCAAUUGUUUACUGCAAUUUCAAUCAGUUGUAUAAAAUCGAUCCUAUGACUUUGCAUAUGUGGGUGAAUAUUUUGAAAGCAGUUCCAAACUCUGUUAUCUGGCUACUAAGGUUCCCAGCCGUAGGAGAACCAAACUUACAAGCUACCGCACAACAAUUGGGCCUGACUCCUGGUAGGAUUAUAUUUAGUAAUGUUGCCGCCAAAGAAGAGCAUGUAAGAAGAGGACAACUGGCUGAUGUUUGUCUGGAUACACCUUUGUGUAACGGACAUACAACCAGUAUGGAUGUUUUAUGGACUGGGACACCGGUGGUAACAUUGCCCGGCGAACACUUGGCUUCCCGCGUUGCCGCUUCUCAGUUGACAGCACUGGGAUGCCCCGAAUUAAUCGCUCGAUCCCGGCAAGAAUACCAGGAGAUCGCAAUUAAACUUGGUACCGAUAGGGAAUUCUUAAAGGCGACUCGUCACAAGGUAUGGAAUGCUCGAACGACUUCUCCCCUUUUCGAUUGCAAACAGUACGCCCAAGGUCUUGAAAAUCUUUACUUAAAAAUGUGGGAACGUUUUUCAAUUAACCUGAAGCCGGAUCAUAUUACAUGUUUGACCGAAAGAAAAUAAAUUGAUAGAUGGAAGGAAAAAAAAUUAAAAGCUAAAAUUAACGUGUGAGUUCUGUUAAGUAAUUUUUCGACAGUAUUUACAGUCUGUACAAUAUAUUUUUACGAUACAGAGUAAGUCAUUUAGUUCUAGAGGACUUUGAAUUGUAACGAUUUCUUUCAUUUUUUUAGUUAAAGACCUCUUAUUGUUGUAUCGAACUUGUUCAUGACUUGGUAAUGUAAAUAUUGUAGCUAUUACAUAUAUAAUUAGUUAUUGUCAGCAGUGUGAAAGUGUGAUUGUUGGUUAUUUCAUAGGUUACGAAUAAUUUAUAUAUUAAACGCCAAAAACAAACAGUUUAGAAAUUAAA